GAAGUCGCAACUUUUUGGAUGGACUUCUUCACUUCACCAGUUCGGCGCCUGACCUGCAGCCUCCAUCCAACAUGCUCCCAUCUGAUCCACUGGUUUCACUCACUUCCACCAGCUCGGCUCCUUCUUCCUCUUCUCUUGGGUCGGAUCACUCUUUGGCACAUGUGGGGAAGUGAAGCCUCGGGGAGUAAUGGGAUUAUUUUUCUGUGCGGACUCGCUCCUGGAGGAAACGGUGAUCAGCUUCACGGAUGAGACGAGGCAGGACGGGUUCAGACACCGCAGGUCAUCAUGAUGGGUGAAACAUUGCCUACAGCGAGGAAUACAAAUAACUGGAAGGCUCUUUAAGAAGGCGACUGGAGACUUGGGAGAUUGGCAGAACCUAUUAAGAAGCAGUCUGUAAAAGCAUAUCCAGACACAGCUACAUCCAAGAAUGAGGAUCAAAUACACAAUAUCCAUUGUCUUUUUUGUGGCACUUGUUAUCAUUGAGAAGGAAAACAACAUUAUCUCAAGGGUGUCGGAUAAGCUUGCGUUAAAGCAGACCCCCCAGACCCCUCUACAGCCAAGUAGCUUCUCCCACAUACUGCUGAAGCACAAUCCUUCCUUUGCCUCACUCAAGAAGGACUCUGCCUUCACGCUGAUGAAGCGGCGCCUGGAGAACUACAGCGAGCACCAGGAGGUGAUGACAAGGGGAAGGAAACACAUCCUCCUGCUGGCCACCACCAGGACCGGUUCCUCAUUUGUGGGCGAGUUUUUCAACCAGCAGGGCGACAACAUGUUCUACCUGUUUGAGCCGCUGUGGCACGUGGAGAAGAUGCUGACACUGGACACUGGAGGCACCAACGCCACAGCGUCAGCCAAGGCGUACCGCGAUGUGCUCCAGCAGCUCCUCCUGUGUGACUUCUCCCUGCUGGAGAGCUUUAUCGACCCCCUCCCUGUGGACCAUAUCACCACCGCUCUUUUCCGCAGGGAGUCCAGCAGCUCUUUGUGCGAGGAGUCAGUCUGCAGCCCCUUCGUCAAAGGGGUCUUUGAGCGAUAUCACUGCAGGACCAGGCGCUGUGGGCCCUUGAACCUGACCAUGGCGUCUCAAUCCUGCCUCCAGAAGGAGCACAAGGCCAUCAAGUCAGUGAGGGUACGCCAGCUGGAGACCCUCCGUCCUCUGGCUGAGGACCCACGUCUUGACGUGAAGUUCAUUCAGCUGGUUCGGGAUCCUCGGGCUGUUCUGGCCUCACGCAUGGUGGCCUUUGCAGCCAAAUACAAGAACUGGAAGGAGUGGGCCGCAGGUGGGGACAUACCCAUCGAUGAUGACGAGGUGAGGAAGUUGAAAGGGAACUGCGACAACAUCAAGAUGUCUGCAGAGAUCGGCCUCAGGCGGCCACAGUGGCUGCGUGGACGCUACAUGCUCGUGCGUUACGAGGACAUUGCCCGGUUUCCUAUGAGAAAGGCAUCUGAGAUGUACAGAUUUGCUGGAAUCCCGUUCACUCCACAAGUGAAAUCCUGGAUCCUGAAGAACACACAGGCCUCCAAGGAUACCAGCGGUGUUUACUCUACACAGAAAAACUCCUCAGAACAAGUAGAGAAAUGGAGGUUUAGCAUACCCUUCAAAAUAGCCCAGGUUGUACAGAAAGUGUGUGGGCCAACACUGAAACUUUUUGGGUACAAAUUUGUAAGUAGUGAAGAAAUGUUAACAGAUAAGUCUGUGAGUUUGAUCGAGGAUAAAGUUUUUAAUGUUUUAUAGACUAACGGACACGAGCUCUGAAUCCUGAUGCAGGAAAACCAACAGUUUCUGGAAUGACUGAUAUUUAUUAGGGUCUUUCAUGCUGGUGCAGAGAGCUAUAUUUUUUCUGAUAGUGUGCUAUUUAAAGAUUUUUACUAUUUAAAAUAGUUUGAUGAAGACAAUGUAUUGUUGAGCAGAAAUAUACAUUCAACUUUUAAAGCAAGGAAGUUGAAAUUGUAUACAUGGGUAAAACAGGAAGCACGAUUAUUUUAGGUUUUUGCACUCCAUCUGACGCAAAGCUGUGUCAUUGGCUUAUGCAAUCAGGAUCUGAAUCCUAAGGUAGAUAGCUGUGGGCAUGUGAGCAAUAUAUGAGCUGUUUCAAAGACUUCCAGGUUAAUAGUUUUUGUGCAGCAACUCCUGAGUUAGUUACACAAGCUGCUUUUACACCAAAGAAACUUGAAAUGAGAUGUAAUGACAGAGAGAGGAAAUACCAAUUCUAUGCAUGAGAUGUAAUGAAGUAACGCACCGGGCUCAAUUUAUUUAUUUAGAAUCUGUGCGAAAAUUUCAUGGUUUCUCUUGCACACGUAUGUAGUAGUUUGCAUGUAUGUAAUUGGCCAAAAAUCGUUUUAAGUUAUCCUUUGGAGUGUAAAGGACCCUUUCUGUCGAACAGAUGUUUACACUGCUACUGUAUUCAAACAUUCCAACUGCAGCUGGUUUGCAGGAUUGUGCGAGGUUUGUCAGCAGGUCCCUGUCUGUUGACUCAAGUCUCUUGGCUGGUGAUAAAAAAAAAAAGGGCCCCCCGAUACUCAGGCCUGCCAGACUGUUUGAUGACAAUGUUCUAGUCUGUUCUUUUUUUCAAUUUGUUUGUUACAAUAAACCAUCUUUUACUAA